AUGCCGCAUGGGUCCCGGUCCGGCACCGACAGUAACCCGGCCGGGCUCGGAGUUCGUUGGGGCUUGAGCCGGGAAGGGACGGCCGCUCUCCUGGGUCUCCUGGCCGGCGGUUCGCGUCCGCCCCCCCCACCGGGACCGGGGGGGUCAUCCCGGUCUGCAGAGGUACCAACCAGCACACAAACCUUGGCCCAAUCAACCACCCUAGCAGGGAACAUCACCCGGGCGUCAGUACACAAGAUGGCCGCCGAGCGCCAGCCAUGUGGGCGAGCUGCCAGAGAGGUCGAGAUGAUGCUUGCUCAAAAGUGA